AAAUUGUUUAGUCAGUCGAUGAAUAUUUCUCUUAUGCUUAUGAAAUAUUAACAUGGACAGAAAAACGUGUCAAAUCUGUUCAACCGGGAGUCAAACUUGAUAGUGGCUGUGAUUGUCGUGGUGAUGGGGCCAGACAGCGUCCAGAGUCCGGCCGCGCCCUGGCGGAAGGUGCUGUGGGAGCGCCAGCCCUACCCGGACAACUACGUGGAUCGGAGGUUCCUGGAGGAGUUGCGAAGGAACGAGGGCAUCCGUCAGUACCGAUACUGGGCCGUGGUGAGAGAGGCCGGCCUGGUGGCGCAGCAGCUGUCCUGCGUGGCAAUUUUCAUCACCCUCUGGCUCUACAUGGAACAGGGCCUACUGUCCCCAGAGAUUCUACUCGGAUCCAGCCUGGCAAGCGCCCUGCUGGGCUACGGACUGUACCAAGUCCUCACACCUCCGACGGAGUGCAACACCCGUACUCGUCUCACCGACCUACAGAGCGCCAUUAACUUCCUCUCCUUCACCUUUGGCUUCUCGCCGGUGCUAAAGACACUAACCGAGUCUGUGAGUACAGACACUGUGUACGCCAUGUCGGCGGUCAUGCUGCUGGCCCACCUGGUGUCGUUCCCGUACGCCCAUCCCUCGCCGCCCGGCAGCCUGUCCUUGAACGCGGCGCUUUUCGCCUCCGUCUGCCUGGCCUCCAGACUCCCGGGCGCCCUCCACACCUUCGCCAUGCUCAGCUGCGCCCUGCUGGUGUUCGCCCUGUGGCCGUGCCUGCUGCGGAGGAUAAGGGACAACGCUCCGAGCCACUUCACCGCAGUGUGCGCCGGGGUGAGCGCGGCGGGCACGGGCGGCCUGGCGUCGCAGUCGCCCGGCGGCGCCCUGCUCUUGUCCCUGGCGGUCCUGAGCGUGACGCUGCUUUGCCCCGCGCUGCUGGUGUGGCUGCAGAGGCACAAGGACAACAUCCAGGGGCCCUGGGACGAAGCGGAGAUCCGCGAGGACCUCAGCCACUUCCUCCGCUGAAGACCUAAGCACAUACAGCAGACACACUGGACACUUCAUUAGGUACACCGGCACUAUCAAGUGAGAGUUAGUACAUGGCUUGAAGAUUGUGCAGGUGAAGCGGUGUAUUCAAUCCACAGUACACCUUUUAGAUCAAGUCUACUCUUGGACAACUUAUCUGCGGGUAAAAGCUGUUUUUUAGUUGAAAAUGCUAUUUUAAUAUUUUAAAUGCUGACCUCAAUAGUUUAUGAAUCACUGGACACUUCAUUAGGUACACCGGCACUAUCGAAUGAGAGUUAAUACAUGGCUCGAAGAUUGUGCAGGUGAAGCGGUGUAUUGUUAUAUUUACUGUCAAUCCACCGUACACCUUUUAAAUCAGGUCUACUCUUGGACAACUUAUCUGCGGGUAAAAGCUGUUUUUUUUAGCUGAAACUGCUAUUUUAAUAUGUUAAAAUACUGACCUCAAUAGUUUAUGAAAUGUGUUAUGGACACAUGAUGCUAUUUUGCACACAUUUUUAACUGUCAUUACAUACCGUGGAUUUGCAAUGUUGAAUAUCAUAGUAUUGAUUACAAUACUGCCGUAUGAAGGGAAAAAAAGUGUCACCUGAAGCCUUUUAAUACAAUUCAUGGGUUGUCAAGUUAAAAAAACCUGUAAAUUGUUUAAGAAAACACUGGGAUUAUUUUAAUUUGGUCUGGGUUUUUCUUCACAUGUUUCAUGACAUCAGUGAGUUUCCUAUGUAUUCAGUUGCAGUAUUAGGAAUAACUGUUACUAAUUCUAACUUUGUGUAUUCAGGAGGCAACAAGGAGGCAUUAUAAUGUAGUUCAUGUAAAAGACAAGGACAUUAAGUGCAUGUCAAGUUUUUAAGAUGUUUCAAAAUAACAGACUUCCCUCGGUAACUAAACACAUAUAUGAAGGGCUGGUUCCGUUAUGAAUUAAUUACUUAUUGGGAGAAAGGAAGUACAUUUAUAACAGUAAUUUUCCCAUCUCGGUUGUGUAGUAACAUCUGCGUUUUGCCACUAUUUCUGACGUUUAGUGAUUUAACCUCUAGAGGGCAGCACACUACAACUACAGUAUAUAAAUGUAAUGUACCACCACUGAAGGUUAUUUUCCCAUUGACUCUUACUACAUCUGGUUUCAUAGACACUCACCGGCCACGACAUUAGGUACAGUUGCAUGAAAGCUACUAGGGGUGCACAAAAAAAUUAUUCAUUCAAAUUUUAAAUCGAUUUGUAAUUUUUAAAGUAUCGAUUAAAAAAAAUAUUUCAUUUUUUUUCAGUAAGAAUCCAUUUAAAGAAAUAAGAUUUAAGUCCAUCUCCGCACAACCAGAAGGAGCUUUUCUAACCUGUAACCUGUUUAUUUAUUAUAAUUAUACUAAAUAAUACAUUGCAAGAAUAGUGUUCAAUCGAGAAAGGAUCCUAUAUCGAAUAGUCGAUCCAGGAUUUGGGAUCGCAUCCGAUCGUUAGGUGCCCAAAGAUUGUAUUAUUUAUGAUAGUGCAAUCAUAUGUGCGCUAUAUGUAUUUAAAUUUUUUUAGUUUUAUUUGCAUUUUACUUUUGGUAAAAAUGCCGCCACUGAAGUGGUGAGUCGCCAAUGUAUCGGAGUCAUGCCAACCACGCCGCACAAAAAUAAAGAGGCCUCCUAGCUGCACUUUGCCGGCCGUCUCUGCAUUCUGGGGUCCAGAACAACACUGACAGACCACCGUAUUGUGGUUGUAGUCGGCAUUUGUGUACAAUUGUUACACACAGCUGUGGCAAAAUGUUCCAUACAACCUUUUCAGUAUCACCGCAGCCUACAGACACGCUUGGUUUCAGACAACCACAAUGUAUGCUACAAGGCAUCUUAUAUGUUAAAUGUGUAACUAAUGACGUGGCCAGUCAGUGAUUGUUUUGCCAGUUGCGACGAGCUCUGAAUUCACAACAGGUUCUCCGAAUUAAAGACAAUUGAUAUUCAAAAAUAAAACACCUCUUUAUUUAAAAAAAAAAAAAGGUUUUAAAAAUAGUGUUUCGCAGAAUAGCUGUUGUUUCUAUUUACACAGGCACUUGAGGAAAGUCAGCAGACAGCCGAGGACAUUCCUGCGACUGCGGCCAACGCGACUAUGAACAAAACAGGCUCACGAAUGGUGGCGGACGCUCCCGGUGGAGGGCGAGCCGGGGGAGGGGUGGACCGUGUCCUCCUACUUGGUGCUCGUUGGGAUGGCUGGAGCAGGCCUCCUGGGGGGAAAUGAUUGGAAUCAGUGAUUAAAAACCAACCACCAUGUUGUGUUCCCCAAAGCACCUUGUGAUUAACACACAGGGAAAGGAAAGGCUCGUGGAAAGAUGCUCAAAAUAUAGAUGCAACAUUCGGCUAACUUGCAUAACGACUCGCUGAAUAAUGCUUAGUUGUUGUUUUUCUUCAGUGCUUAAUAUGCAAGCCUGAACUUAUUUUGUCAUGCCACGGUCAUAAUGUAAAGUCGUCCCUUGCCACAUUGCGCUUCAAAUUUUGCGGCUUCACUGCAUUGUGGAUUUUUUAAUAAAACCAUUUUUGGCCUAAAUUACGCAUUUUUAAACAUACACAUGGCCAAACGAAGUAAACAUAUCAAUACCACUAGAUGAGACCAAACCAAUCAGAGCGCGCUGUUCAGUAUCUUCUUAUAAUCAAAAGACAGCAGUCAUUUCAAUGAGAUUAUUAGGUUACUUAGAAUGAAAAUAACAAAAAAAAUAUUGUUUCUCAUGAGCUAUGUACUAGUAUUGUAUGUCUGGGUGGGGUCCAGCUUUGGGAGUAAUUUGUACCCCUUUCAGAGAUCAUUAUUUCCCCUUAAAACAUUUGCAUGUUGCACAAUGAGAUGUAAACAGGGGCUUAAGUGCACAUUCCUGUAACUUUGU